GUCGGACUCUACCGGUGCCUGUUGCCUGUGAAGUGUGUGGAGACAAAAGCUACGGGAAGCACUACGGUGUCUUCUGUUGUGAUGGCUGCUCGUGUUUCUUCAAGAGAAGCAUUAGGAAGAAUAUUACGUACGCUUGUAUUGGGAAAGGAAGCUGCCUUAUCGACAAAGCCAGGAGGAACUGGUGCCCUCACUGCAGGCUUCAGAAAUGUUUUGCUGUUAACAUGAACAGAAACGCGGUGCAGGAGGAACGUGGUCCCAGAAAGAACAAAGGAACAAAGAAGAACGUGGCAGCAAGGAGAGCUGUUAUACUGGACUCUUCCUCUGUGGCCGCAUCAUCUUCCUUGACAACGUUUCCUUCAAUAGAGGUUCGAUCCUUUCUAGGACCAGAGAGCUCCCACUUUACCUGGGGGUCCUGUCUUAGCGCCUUCAGGCCCGUGCCGCCCCGAUCCCGAGGCCUGUUGCCAUGGCAACCACCCGGAAGUUUUCCCAGCAUGCUGUUUGGGGAGUUUACGUCGGACCUUCUGAAGUGCUCGGAUCUGUCAGCCGGGGCUGCUUAUCUUCCCGACGUCGGCGACAAGGGUCAAUUUUUCAAGUCUACAAUGCAACAAGUGCUGCUGGCGGCGCUGCGACGGGUUCAAUACAAUCACUUGUUCCGAAUGCUCCACCCACACGAUCAGCUGGUGCUUCUUGAAAUGAGAUGGGUGGAGCUUUUCGUCCUGGCUGCCUCUUAUUGGCCGAUCGAUGUGCCAAAAUUGAUUGACAAACAGCGGGUGGAAAUUAUAUCCAAGGUCCGCCCCUCGUCUGUGUCCGGAGCAGAGGAGAACUUCCAGCGCGUGGUGACAGUCUGUCAAGCGGCCCAAGUGGAUUUUACAGAGCUGCCGUUUUUGGAGACAAUCUCCGUGCUACGAUGUGAAGCAAGAGACCGCCUCCUUGAACCAGGAAGGGCAGAGUUACUGCAAGACCAAGCCCAGCUGGCCCUGGCCCACUACUGCACCUACAACCAGCAGCAGUACCACAUGCUGAAGCACCAACAGCAACACCGCAUCGCCAGCUGCACCAACAACCUCCACUUUCGUAUUCAGCAGGCUCACGGAAAAUUGCCGCCCCGGCCUGAAGGUGACUUUGGGUGCGGGUCUUGCAACCAGAACUCCACCCGUUUUGGGCGACUGUUGUUGCUUGUACCUGCAUUAAAUGCACAAGGCAGUUGCCCAAGAACAAAUAAAAGGCCAACACUAAACGCAGUUAACGCAGCAGUUAAAACAGAUAGGUAG